AUGAUCGGAGCCGUCGCACGAGGCGCCGCCUGCUGCCGGUGCCCCAGUGGCGCCGCCGUCGCCUGCGCAGACUGCGACCUCGUCUACUGCGCCGACUGCGCCGAGGCGCGCCACCGCAAGGGGUCGUUUCAGCGCCAUAAUGUCACGAGCCUCCUCAACGCCCCGACGUGCGAUGAGUGCACGGCGGCGCCCGCAACGACGGCCUGCCCGGCGUGCGAGCUUCAGUACUGCGACCCGUGCGCCAAGGACGUCCACCGCAACGGAAAGCUCCAGGCCCAUCUCGAACUGCUCACGCCUUGCAGCAAAGAAGCGGGAAACCAGUCGCCGGUGAUGCUGUCGCCGCCCCCGCCGCCAUUUUUGAGCCCUUUUUCUGCGGCGUCGUCGUCAACGGACUCGCCUUUCAUGCAACAGCGGAAGCGCUGGUCCAUGUCGUCCGACUCGAUGACCGGUGACGACACGGAUCCGGACGUCGACCCGUGGACCAAUUGGCGCGUUUUCGGCAACAACGACCCGCGUCUCUCCGACACCACGCCGCUUCCCGCCGCGACGUGGACGAACCCGGCGUCGGACGCCAUGUCGACGUCCAGCGACGAGGAUGCCAAGCCGAGUUCGAUUUCCGAUGCGUUCAAGACGCUUGCCCUCACGCACUCGUCAUCGUCGCUCUCCUCGGUCUCGGACGAGCCGGAGAAGCCAAUGCGCUCUCGUCUCGUGUCGUGGGAGACGGCCAACGGCACGUACUCGCAGAACGAACUCGAAGAUCUUUUCUCCGCGUUGACGAGCCGCUCGCCGACACGCCACGUCAGCGUGCGCAGCAGCGGGCCUUUCUCAACCACGCAGUGCGCCAGCGUCUACCAGACGAUGCAGAGUCACGGGGACGUCGCCAACUGCAACACGGCCAUGGCAACGCACGGUGUGCUGCUGUACACGUUUUACGAGCUCAAGUCGGCGACGCAAGCCGUGAACAAGGCGUCGCCGAUGUAUGUCGUCGACUACUGCGUGCUGUAUGACCACCCGACGCCAAAGACGCACGCAACCGUUGAAAUUGCGUUUGCCCCGGGGUACGACCGCGGCGUCGUCUCGUCCGAGGAGCUGCACUUGAUCUGCAGCACGCUCGGCGACGUCGUGACCGUGACGGAGCCGUCCCGCGGCCACUUCCUCGUCGAGUUCAAUGACGCGCGCGUCGUCGUCCGGGCCGUGGGUCUCCUCAGCGAGAAGGGAAAUCUUGGCGGCCAUGUUUUUACGGCCGUGCGCGCGCCCGCGUCGCCCAGCGAGCUCAAGGCGAUUGGCCACUGCCAGCUCGCGUCGCAGCGCCAUGUGCCGGCGGUCGCCAACCCCGCGCACAGCCCCGAAAAGGUGGUGUUUGCAGCAACUGGCAGCAUGCCGAUUCCCAGCAGGAACCACCAGUUGGUGGGCAUUUGGGCCGACCCGCCGAUGCCGCCGCCGUCGCCGCCGACGGACGAGUUCAGCCUUGGCAUCGACCGCGUCUACGCGGGCACGGACAAGCGCACGACGCUCAUGAUCCGCAACAUCCCCAACAAGUACACUCAAGCCAUGCUGCUCGCCGAAAUCAACGCGCGCCACGCGGGCACGUACGACUUUUUCUACCUCCCGAUCGACUUCAAGAACAAGUGCAACAUGGGCUACGCGUUCGUCAACUUUAUGGAGACCGCGACGAUCGGGCCCUUCUACGAAGCGUUCAACGGCCAGCGCUGGCCAAACUUCAACAGCGACAAGGUCUGCGCGAUCUCGUACGCGCGGCUCCAGGGCAAGGCCGCGAUGAUCGCGCGAUUCCAGAACUCGAGCCUCCUCGAGAAGCACGAGUCGUACCGGCCGCUCGUCUUCAAGAGUUCGGGCCCCAACAAGGGCGCGUUGGAGCCCUUUCCGAGCAGUGGAAAGGCCAGGGUCUUCAAGCCGCCGUACCCGCCAAUGCAGAUGCACCACCACCACCCGCACGGCGACGCGACCGUCUACUACCACCAGAGCGGGUACCACCACCCCCACCCGUACCCAGUCAUGUACCACCGCGCGCACGAGUACAAGCCGCCCGAGUACUCGUAA